AUGUAUUCCAACCAAGGCGCUCGCAUGUCGGUAGACAGCUUGUCGCCCUUGUCGUCGAGCGCUCGCAAUGAGUUCCCCUUCCAUAGGCAGGGCUCGGUGACAUCCUAUCCCGCCGCGAGACGAGGUUCCAAUGCGAGCUCGAUACAUUCUAUAGGGGGCCACCUGGAUACAUCCUCGAGCUGGGGUCAAGUAAACGAGAGUGGCCAGAACGCUAUCUCGACGCUGCUCCAGCCCCCGAUCGUCCGCACCGGCUUGCUGCCCCAUACCUCCGCUCCAUCGUCCUCGAGUGCCCAUAAGCCCCCCACGGCAAGGGAUAUACCUCCCGUCACGCUGACCAACAUCCCCCAUGUCGAUGCCUCCGAGUUUAAACCAUAUCUAACACAGGUCGGCGCGCUGUACGAGCAGCUGCGCAGGGUCAAGGAGAGCGAGGAAGAUGCCGCAGAUCAGAUAUUCCGCCGGAAACAAGACCUCGGCGCCGACCUGGUCGACGAGAGCCAUCUCAACCCAGGAGCCUCUCGGGGUCGCCCCUUGGGCUCGCGGAAAGGUUCAACCGCCUCGCUGGCCUCCAUCUCCUCGGUCGAGUCGCCUCAAAUACGCAGGAGAUCCAGCUCUGGGUUCAGCCGGAGGGCCGCCCAGGGACCACCACCCCUGAAUACGAUACCCAACGUCUACUUCGACGAGGACUUCCACCUCGAAAACCCUCGGACCUUCGAUGUUGUCAGUGAGCGGUCCGAAGUGGUACGGCAAGCUCCCGGUUCGGCUGAUGAAAAUGGUGCCAACGGCAGCGCGACAGCUCCACGGAAGGCAUUGGCCACCAAUGCCAUCCUGCAGGAGAAGCUGUCGUGGUACAUGGACACGGUCGAGAUGCACCUCAUCAACUCGAUAUCGACCGCCUCGACUACUUUCUUCUCUGCGCUCGGAUCGUUGAGGGAACUCCAUUCGGAAGCGGCCGAAUCCGUAGACAGGAUAAGGACACUUCGGAAAGAACUAGGAGCCCUCGAUCAGGAGAUCGCCACGAGUGGUUUGGAUAUUGUCCAGAAGCGCCGGCGAAGAGAGAAUUUGCAACAACUCAACAGUGCUGUUCAGCAGCUCCGCGAGAUUGUGGAAGCCGUCGCAGAGUGCGAGUCUCAGGUCGACUCGGGCGAGGUCGACAAGGCGUUGCACAGCAUAGACGCGUUGGAGAAGUUGGUCGCUGGGCGCAGUCGGCCGUCGAUCCCAGGGUCUAAGGACUCUGCACAGCCGCUGUUCGAUUUGAGAGGCACAAGUGCUUUACAAGGUGUCACUAGUGACGUAUCGACCCUGCGGUUCCGUAUUGGCAAAGCCUUCGAGUCCAAGUUCCUCGACAUCCUGCUUGGGGACUUGCGACGCCAUGUCGACACCGUGUCAAGCCAAGAAGUGUUGCUUAGGUGGAGCUCAUCGGCUAUGCGGUCUCGUGGAGGGAAUGUCAGGGAUUCCUCAACCUUCCCGGCUUAUCUGACAUCAACUGAGAACCUCCGCUCCGAGUUGAUGCCCGUUGUGACUGGUCUCCACGGAUCCAAACACGUCACCAUCGCCAUAGCUUCUUACCGUGAGGUUGUCUUGCGGGAGAUACGGAGCCUCAUCCGGCGACCACUGCCGAGCUCAAAUGAUGAUGACAACAUGACGAUCGGGUCGACGUCGACAGCCAGUGUGAGCAGACUCUCGCAGCAGGAGAAAUCAUCCAUUCUCGCAAGGAAUCUUAGAGCACUUGAUCCGCAGGAUGCCGAAGAUCUGUACCAGAAGAUCUAUAUUAGCGUAGCUGAGACGUUGCGGAGGUUGACCACGCAGGUGAAGGUCCUCUUUGACGUUGCCAGCUCUAUGGGCGAGACGCCAGACCCGAGCUCAGGAUUGCGUUCACCGCCACCGAUCAAGUCGCCCCCGCUGAAUAGUGCUAAUCGCGACCUGCAAGAGGACAUCCAUCUGACAAUGGACAUGGCGAAUCUUCUGGGACAGGCAGUCGACAUAUCCCAUGACAAGAUCGUCAAAGUAUUGCGUGUGAGGUCAGAGCAGAGCUCACAUCUACCACUGAUAUGGUUCUUGAGAUAUUUUACGCUGAACCUCCUAUUCUCUAAUGAGUGCGAGUCGAUAUCCGGCCGCAGCGGGACAUCGUUGAAGACGAUUGUCAAUAAUCACAUCAAAGACUUUAUACAGUAUCAUGGCGACGAAGAGAAACAGAAGCUGGCACAAGGUAUGGAGUCAGAUCAAUGGACAGCCAAGGAUUUCGCCGAAAAGGACGGCGCACUGCUGGAGCGCAUUUUGGAAUCAAGCACGAAAGAUGCGUCGGCCUGGUCAGAAGGCAAGGAGAUCUGGACUCCUUACACGGAGCAAGACGCGACUACCAACGGGCGUCCACGAUCUGAGUCAAAUGGUACGGCCGCCAAAGAGAAGACCAGAAGCGCUGUUAUUGAGGGCGAGUCUUUCAUCUUGCCCAACUCGGCAAUCCUCUGCCUGGAGGGCAUGUCUCACUUCGUGCAUCUCAUCGCCGGCAUCCCCUCGAUGGCCGCAGACAUCUCCUCGUCUCUCAUCUCGUACCUGCAGCUGUUCAAUAGCAGAUGCACGCAGCUCAUUCUCGGCGCCGGAGCUACGCGCUCGGCCGGCUUGAAGAACAUCACCACCAAGAACCUUGCCCUGGCAGCCCAGGCUCUAGCGUUCAUCUCUACCCUGAUCCCCCAUGUGCGCGAAUUUGUCCGGAGACAUGCGGCCACAGGGCCCAAUGUCAACAAUGCCUCGGUAUCCUCCCUCAUGGGCGAGUUUGAUAAGGUCAAGAGGCUCUACCAGGAACACCAGAACAACAUCUACGACAAGCUGGUCGAGAUCAUGGGCGCCAGGGCGUCUUCGCACACCAAGAACAUGAAGGGCCUGGAUUGGGACAAGCCCCUAGAGCAGGACGGGGCGGCUGGUGUCCAUGUCUACAUGGAGACGCUGGCCAAGGAGACCGUCACCCUGCACCGCGUGUUGACCAAGCUCCUGCCCGAGGGUACGGUCCGGCUCAUCAUGACCCCGGUCUUCGACAGCUACAAGCGCCAACUGGGCGAGACGCUCCAGGCGUUGGACGUCAACGGGGAGGCCGGGAUCAAACGUAUGAAAUCUGAUGUCGGCUACCUCAACACCCGCCUCGCGAAGAUAGAAGGGUUCGGCGACACGGGCGACUAUCUUCUGAACAUCAUCAACGCCAAGAAGGUAGACGCCCCCCCGCCCGCCGUGCCCGAGAAGGACGAGCCCGACGCCAAGGCCGCCGAGGCCGCCGCCGCGGGCAGCGACAAGCCGCAGCAGAAGGCCGACGAGCCCGAGAAGAAGGACGGCGACGCAGCAGCGGCGUAG